CAUCGAGUCAGGCUGGUGUAACACACUGAGCAUAUUAGUCGUGCCCAGCCGAAUUGAGACUUUACAGUCGGACGUUCAGGCUGAGGGGCCACGUCUGAUUUGUGAUCUCAUCACUAAAGGGACCUUUAUUUCGGCAUCAAUCAAAAAGACCAACUACAGGAUUACUUUUCCAUUUGUGCGCUGUCACCAAAACGGACGCGUCCUCUAGCUUUAACUUUCUUCGGACUAUUCCUUGUUUAUUUUGUCGUACGGCUAAACUUACAAUUAAGAACGUCGUAUCAAGUUUUAUUAACACGAAACUCACCGUGAAUGAUCUCCAACUCCACCCGACCACAGAGAGACGUUUCACCAACAUUGAAAGCCAGGGGAAUAUUGUCCAUGCAGGACGCGUUCAUUCAGCGGGAAUAAGGAACAAAGACAUCCGUGCCAACAACUGAAGAGCUCUUGGGGUUGCCGCCAGACUCACAAUUAUCAAUUUGCUCAACUCAAGACAAAGAAGAAGACAUAAUACAAAAGAAAAGAAGCUAAACGUGCACGAAUAUCUUGCAAAACGCAGGGAACGUGGAUUCUUUACAAAUCAUCUACUGUAUAAGGCACCCGCGCGCGUCCCUUCAAACUGACUCAUAUUUAUUCUCCUUUCACUGGAGACGACUUUUCGGUCUUAUGCAAAAACACUUAACUACAGCUGACAGUUUCCAAGUGCUCCUUUCAUAAUAUUUAAUGUUUUUUUUUUCCGCCGGUGGAAAUGUUCUCUGACAAGUAGUCACAACUAAGUGCGCCUGUAGUUUUCAUUGUUCUGUUUUGGAGAGGAGCGGGUCCUUUGUCUAAAGCAGCGAGAUGAGUAUGAACCUGUCAACUCCUACACCUCCACUGCGACUGAAGCGAGUUGACUUUGAGGACUCUCACAGCAACGAUACCUUCAAAUGCAAGCGUCGUAGACUCAGUCAGCCUCCUUCCCCAGGUCUCGCCCCCUGCCUUCGCCCUCUGUCCCAAAGCCUUGAACAGCCAGGGUCUGAAAAGCACCACGUCUCCCGAAUCGGUCCCUACGUCCUCCUGGAGGCCACAGAAGUAGCUCAAACCUUCAGAGCGGUUCAUCAGGUCACAGAACAGGAAUACACAUGCAAAGUGUUUUCCAUGAAGAAGUAUCAUGAGUUCAUUGCGCCCUACACUCGUCUGCUUCCACACAGCAACAUCUGCAAGAUUUCAGAGGUGGUGUUGGGGGAAAACAACGUGUAUAUCUUUUUCGAGCGCAAUUAUGGAGACAUGCAUUCAUACGUGCGCACCUGCAAGCGGCUGCAGGAGGAUGAGGCCGUGCGCCUGUUCGCUCAGAUGGCAGCAGCUGUCGCACACUGUCAUGAGAACGGCGUCAUUUUACGAGACCUCAAGCUACGCAAGUUUGUGUUCACCGAUCAGCAGAGAACAAAGCUGGUCUUGCAAAACCUGGAGGACUCUUGUCUCCUAAACGGAAAUGACGACUCGCUGACGGACAAACACGGCUGCCCGGCUUACGUCGGCCCGGAGAUCUUAAACUCGCGUCACUCAUACUCAGGAAAGGCUGCUGACGUUUGGAGCCUCGGCGUCGUUCUCUACACCAUGCUAGUAGGACGUUACCCUUUUCAAGAUGUGGAACCGACAGCACUGUUCAGUAAAAUCCGCAGGGGUGCAUUCACCGUCCCAGAGACCCUCUCGCCUCGGGCUAAGUCGCUGGUGUACUGCAUGUUAAGGAAAUGUCCAUCCGAGAGACUGGAAGCUGGAGAUAUACUACUUCAUCCUUGGCUUCACUGUAAUAACAGCACAUCCCUUAGUCAGCACUCCAGCUCCAGACACUCCACAGAUCAGGUUGUUCCUGAUUUCCAACCCAGCCAGACUGAGGACUGUCAGUGAGCUGCUUUCAUUAUGUUUACCCACAAUCAGGCGGGAAAAAGACUCUAUGGUAAAGAGAGAUUGCCUCAUUAAGUAUGCAGAGUUCAAGGGCAUCCAAUGGAACAGAUCCACAAACAUGUGCAGGUUAAAAGCAGUGCUGUUUAGUUUUUUAUUUUACAUUUCUGCCCAGCAGUGGACUGCUGAGGUGUUCAGGACUGACCUUGAGUCUUUAUACAAAGAAGUAACUGUGUUUCUUACCUCUGAAACUGGCAAUUUCUCCAAGAAAACGACAACCGGAGGGCAAAGUGCUGCUGGUCAAACUCUUUUCCUGGUAGACUUUCAUUCACAGCACAGCUUAGAGGCUCGUGCACCAUUUGAACAUCAGUGUUGUUUAAUAAUCAGUGCAUGGAUUUCCCAUUGUACACCUAUGUUGUGUAAAAAAAGUACCUCUAACUUAAUUCCUGGUAUACUUGAUGCACAGUCCGUGCCUUUAUGUACUGUUUACAUAUUUUUGCAGUGGUGAAAAACAAACAAACAAACAAACAGAUUUGACUAUUUAAAGUGCCUUUUUUCCAGUUGUUGGACUUGAAGUACCAAAGAUUUGAGUUUUUUUUUUUUGUCAUCCAAAUCUGAGCGUGUGUAUCUGCAACGGGUCAGCACAAGUGCUCAUGUUUCUUUUUCAUGUGAAGAAAUCAAAAGGGUUGCGUGUUUUUUUUUUUUUUUUUCUGCAAAUUCUCUUUCUCAAAAAACUCUUUUGUAAAUGUCUUUCCAUCUGUUAAAUGUGUGUAUUUUGUGCUGUAGAGCAGGUUUGACCCUGAUGGGAUGUGAGCAGAUCAUACGACACAGGAAACAUCCCAUGUGAUGGUUUAGAGGUGCACCUGUCAAGCGAAAACAAAGGCUUUACAUUCGUUCUCGUUUGUGAUGCCUGCAUGCAAUGCUUUUGACCCUGUUUUUCUUUCAUUUAAGUACUUGUCAUUUUUUGUAGAUAAUUUUUGUUAAUAGCGAGAAGUGUACACUACAUUUGCUGUUGUCUCAAGGGGUGAUGUACCUACAAACGAGUAUUUUGUUGUUGCCAGUACAAAUAAAAUGAAAAAUCAUAA